CGGCUCGGAUUCUGGAGACAUCGAUGGCAACGCCGAUGUUCCCAUUCAAAUAGAAGUACUUACUUCAGACGGCAAUGGCGAAAAGACGGAGCAACCUCCAGAAGACCCUUUUACUGUGCCUUCAUCAAAAUGCAGCGAAGCUGAUGUUGAAGCUCUUCAAGAACGUCUAAAAACUCGUGGAACAACGGUUCUCAGAUGUGUCGACGUCAUUUAAAAAACUUCAGGCAGAACGGUCGGCUGUAGAUGAUGUUAUUCGGGAAUUGACUCCUUUGGAGGAUGCUGAUGAUGCAACUGCACUACGUGACUACCUGUCUAACAUGAACAUGAAGACUGAGCUUACACAGGAUGAACUGCAGCGUCUUAACGGAAAACUGACACGUCAAGAGGAGCGUAUCGAGGAGCUCAGAGAUACUCACAAGCUUGAAACCAGGUCUCAGUUGGACCAGAUCCACAAGCUUCGUCAACAGCUCAACGAAGCAGAAGCCCUCGUUGCAGCCUCCCAAGCUUCAGCUUCUCAUGCGGAAGAAGAAACAGCGAAGCGAAAUGCCGAGAUUGAGCGACUUGCACUUGAGGCUGCCAAAGCAAAAGAAGUGGCAAAAGAAGAGGAAGAGAAACGUGUUAAGGCAAUCAGCCUCCUCAAGACCGUGCGUCAGAAGCUUGUCAAAGCCGAGAAAGAUAGAGACGAUGCGCUGAAGGAAAUCGGAGAAUCCAAGGAAAAGGACAAACUGGAACGAGACAAAGAGAGGGCUGAACGAGUAAGGUUACAGUCGGAAAUCGAUGCGGUCAAUGCAGAGCGAGAGAAAGCGGUAACAGGCUUAAGGGCCCAGUUCGACAAAGAAGUAGCUGCUGUCAAGGACCGCAGUGAGAAGGAGCUUUCUUCCGCCCGCGCACAAAUUGAAGUUGACAUUGCAGCGUUGAAGAUGUCGCAUUCAACGGAAUUAACUCUUAAGAGGUCACAGAUCACUACAUUGGAAGCGUCUGUCAAUAAUCUUUCCAGGGAGAACAGGACAUCCUUUGAGCAACUCCAGAUUCGGCAGGCCGAAUUAGAAUCCUCUCAGCAUCACGUCGGGACCCUCCAGAGUCAACACACUGAACUGCAGUUCCAGCUUCGGGAGGCACAGGAUCGCCUUACUCUUCUCGCCGAGGAAAUCUCAGAUCUUCGAGGUGAACAGGAAACGCGACCGCACGGACCAGGCGCUCCCCAGGAAGACGUGUCGCAGCUCAUCUCUACGAUGGAAGCCAAGUACGAGGCCAAAUUGGCGGAAAUCAAGAGAAACUUGGUACUUGCAGAGAAGGAGCGUACAGAGAGUGAAGCGGACUGGAGUCGCAAGCUCUGCGAUAAAGGUAGAGAAACGGACAAGCUGAAGAUGAUUCUGCAGUCUUCUGCAAAAUUACGGGAAGAGAAAGAGAGCAUUACAGGGGUGCUGAAAAGUGAGAUCGAGAAGCUAACAGCUGAGGUGCAGAAUCACCAGCGUCAUGCGUUGGAACUUCAGCUACAGGUUGACCGUAUGAACGAUGCUGAGACGUCGUUCCAGCUUCGCAUCUCAGACGCUCAAGCAGAAGCCGAAGGUUACAAGAGCCAGCUUGAGAACCUGAAGGCUCAUGAAGUGCAGUUGCGUAGUCACAUCAAGACGCUUAGAGAAGAACUCCGCAAGGUACAAAACUCAGCUGCUCUGCUCGAGCGUCAGCGCAAUCCAGGAGUGGGUUAUUGGACCUCGCGAACCGAGAACACUGAUUCUCGCGCGUCGAUAUCAUCCGGCACUGAUCUUCCAUCGCGAGCUUCUUCUCCUGGACCAUCAUCGCCCACCCCAUCCAAAGGUGAUGAAGACAUCAACUUGGAGUACCUUCGAAACGUGAUAUUACAGUUUUUAGAGCAUAAGGAGAUGAGACCCAAUCUCGUUCGCGUUUUGUCCAUCAUCUUGCGUUUUACACCACAGGAGACCCGAAGGCUGAUAGCAAAAGUCCAGUGAGGAAAUUAUUACUGUUAUUCGAUAAAGCUUUGAAAUAUAGAUACCCCUAUAUACAUCUACUUUUUAUACAUUGUCGUUUGCAAUUCGCGUCAUUACCAUUGGACACGUUACAUUAUCCGAGUUGCGGAAGUGCACCCUCCUGAACCUCUGUGUAGCCAGUAUCAGGAUGCUUCUGGAUUUAGCGCGGCUUCCUGUUGUGUCAGUAACACCGUGCGACGACACAACGCUCGAGCUCGCUGUCUUUCGCCCUUUCCCUAGUUCUUUU